AUGUUUUACGCUCACUUUGUCCUCAGUAAGCGUGGGCCGCUGGCCAAAAUCUGGCUAGCGGCCCACUGGGAUAAGAAGCUUACCAAAGCCCAUGUGUUUGAGUGCAACCUGGAAAGUAGUGUGGAGAGUAUUAUUUGCCCUAAGGUGAAAAUGGCUCUGCGGACCUCUGGGCAUCUUCUCUUGGGAGUUGUAAGAAUCUACCACCGGAAAGCAAAGUAUCUCCUGGCUGACUGUAAUGAAGCUUUCAUCAAAAUAAAGAUGGCUUUCCGCCCUGGUGUUGUGGAUUUACCUGAGGAAAACAGAGAGGCUGCCUACAAUGCUAUCACUCUGCCCGAGGAGUUCCAUGACUUUGACCAGCCUCUACCAGAUCUAGAUGACAUUGAUGUGGCUCAGCAGUUUAGCCUGAACCAAAGUCGAGUUGAGGAGAUUACAAUGAGGGAAGAGGUUAGCAACAUUAAUAUCCUGCAAGAUAAUGAUUUUGGUGACUUUGGCAUGGACGACAGAGAGAUGAUGCGGGAAGGCAGCGCUUUUGAAGAUGACAUGUUGACAACCAAUGCUUCCAAUCUGUUGCUGGAGCCCGAGCAGAGCACCAGUCAGCUAAAUGAGAAGAGUAACCACCUGGAAUAUGACGACCAAUACAAAGAUGACAACUUUGGAGAGGGAAAUGAAGGCGGCAUACUAGAUGACAAACUUCUAAGCAAUGAUGCAGGGGGAAUAUUUGACGACCCACCUGCUAUGCCUGAAGAAGGUGUUGCAAUGCCCGAGCAGCCUGUCCAUGAUGAUCUGGAUGAUGAUGACAAUGUUUCAAUGGGGGCACCAGAUAGUCCAGAUUCUGUGGAUCCAGUGGAACCCCUUCCAACCAUGACUGAUCAAACAACCCUGGUUCCCAAUGAAGAGGAAGCAUUUGCCCUGGAACCCAUUGAUAUCACUGUCAAGGAGACCAAGGCUAAAAGGAAGAGGAAACUGAUUGUGGACAGUGUUAAAGAGUUGGAUAGCAAGACUAUUCGUGCCCAACUCAGCGAUUACUCGGACAUUGUUACUACACUGGAUUUGGCUCCUCCUACAAAGAAGCUGAUGAUGUGGAAGGAGACUGGUGGUGUGGAGAAAUUGUUUUCAUUGCCUGCCCAGCCAUUAUGGAACACCCGGUUGCUUAAGCUGUUUACACGCUGUCUCACACCACUUGUUCUCGAUGAUCUCCGAAAGCGAAGGAAAGGAGGUGAAGCAGAUAAUCUUGAUGAAUUCCUCAAGGAGUUUGAGAAUCCAGAAGUCCCAAGAGAAGAACUGCGUCCUCAAGAUGUUAUUGAUCAACCCAUCUUGGAAGAAGCCAGUCAUCUGCAAGAGUCAUUGAUGGAGGGUAGUCGAACUCACUUGGAUGAUACUAUAAUGCCACCACCUCCACCUAAACAAGGAGUUAAACGUGACUCCUUGCAAAUGGAACCAGAGCCGAUGCCCAUGAUGCAGGAAGCAGAACCACAGAUUGAAAUGCCACCACCUCCACUUCCCCCUCCAUUGGAACUUCCACCAGAAGAGCCUCAGAGCAUCAGUGACUUAAUCCCUGAGUUAAAUCUCCUGCCAGAAAAGGAGAAGGAAAAGGAUGAGGAGGAGGAAGAAGAGGAGGAAGAUACCACGGGGACUGAGCAGGAUCAAGAGGAGAGGCGGUGGAAUAAGAGAACACAGCAGAUGCUCCAUGGUCUUCAGCGAGUUCUUGCUAAAACAGGAGCCGAAUCCAUCAGUUUGCUUGACCUGUGCAGAAACACAAACCGAAAGCAAGCGGCCGCCAAAUUCUACAGUUUCCUGGUCCUUAAAAAGCAGCAAGCUAUAGAAUUGACCCAGGCGGAGCCUUACAGCGACAUCGUUGCCACCCCAGGACCGAGGUUCCACACCGUUUGAUGUGUGUCCAGAGCAAGUUCCCUCUGAGAACCGAUGAACGAGUGAUGAGCAUCAAUGAAUGAGCGGUGUAAUAUAAAUAUACGCUUCUCCACCACCAACUGCUUCAAUCCACAUACUGUCCCUAGUUUCCCCCGGCUAAUGGUUUUUGGUUGUUUUAAUCCAUGUACAAAGUUUGUGGUUUUUAUUUACCUUAAGUGAAACUCUUAUAUUUUUAUGGGCUUUAAUUGUGGGGCGGGUUGGUUUUAUUUCUAUCAUUAAGUACUAGAAUAUGUGGAACCCUUGGGAGUGUGAGAGCGUUGCUCGGCUGUGACGUUAAGAUUAGGGAUGCACUGAAUCCACUAUUUUGGAUUCGGCCGAACCCACGUAUCCUUUGCUUAGGAUUCGGUUCGGUAUUCGGCCGAAUCUUUCGCAAAGGAUUCGGGGGUUCGGCCUAAUCCAAAAUAGUUACGAUAACCAGUAAUCGAGCGUGAGACGUUCAUGACAGUUGUGUGCAAUGUUAUAUCCAAGCAUUAUUUUAUUACAAAACCGCAAUUGGGCGCAGGCUGUUCCAUCCAAUUACUUACUGUCUUAGCUUGAUCUUAAACCAUCGUUCUCUUCCCUCCUGGGGAUUUCUCUUUUUACUCUACACUUAAAAUGUACAUUUUAGAUUUUGUCCACUUUUGUAUCUAAAAAUUGAAAUAUGAGAGGAGAUGGCCGUGUUUGGCUUGUCUUUUUAUUAUAACCCCGCUGGAAAAAAAAAAUAUUGUGACAAAUUUAUAGCUUUUUUUUUUUCUUUUAAUCCAAAAUGGCUGUUAUUUAAAGGAGAAGGAAAGGUAUAAUCACCAGGGCGCGCACCCCUUAGUGUAUUGUUAUCAUUGAGCCGAGGCCUCAGGCUGGUGCUUUUUGUUGGCAGCAGUUCAGGGUGCUACUGUAGAAGCUCCAUCGCCAUCAUUAUCUUCCAGGAUCUUCUGUACUGCCUGAACUACAGGCGUAAAUGCAGUAGAUGGAAAAGCUGAACUUAGAAGUGAAAAGCGGCUCAUUCUUCUUCUGCGCAUGAGCACCCUCCUCGGGGAAGAUGCAAGAAGUAGAAGAUGUACAGACGUACACAAAACUAUUGUGGUUUUCAGCAAAACAUGGCACCACCCAGGCUCUCAGAUGAGCCAUUAUUACUGUGGGGUGUCUUAACAUUUGCAACCACCCUGUGAUUAUACCUUUUCCUUUAUGAGCAUGUAUUGCGCAUUUUAUCUUCAUCUGGUUCUUAACUCCCAAAUUCGUCAUUUACUUGUCUUUUAGGAACCUUUGUUUUAACGAUUUUUUAAAAAAAAAGAUUCUCCCAUUCUGCUUUUCUUUCAUGUCUUUCCUUGUUCCUAUUUAUAGUAGUCGGUGUAAAAUGUGUAAAUAUAUAACGUUCAAUACAUUAAAGAAGUGCUAUAUAAAA